AUGCCCAUCCCAUCGCUUCAAGCACCAGUCCAGAUCCCUCUCGUCGACCUCUGGACAUAUCACCUGGAGCAGCCCAAAAGCUACCCCGUCGACAAACCCAUCUUCGUCGACUGCGACACUGGCAGGUCUCACUCCUUCAACCAGCUCAAGCAUCUCGCCCACGAGUUCGGCAAGGGCCUUCGCCAUGUCUUCAACUGGCAAAAGGGCGACGUCAUGGGCCUCUACACGCCCAACAACAUUGACGUCCCCGUACUCUACUUUGGUAUUCAUUGGGCUGGUGGUAUCGCUAGCCCUGCCAACCCGACGUACACGCCCGAGGACCUGGCUCAGCAGCUGAAGGACUCUGGCUCAAAGGCUCUUCUUACUCAGAAGCCGUUUUUGGAGGCUGCCCGCAAGGCUGCGGCGCUUGCAGGCUUGUCCGCGGACCGGGUUUUGCUGAUGGGAGACGGACGGGAUGAGACGGGAGUCCACAGGCAUUGGACCGAGAUUACUGCCCAGGGAGCCCCAGUCCAGCCUCAGAAGCCCCAGAUUGACCCCAAGAAGGAUCUGGCCUAUCUCGUGUACAGCUCUGGAACAACUGGCAUGCCCAAGGGCGUGAUGCUCAGCCACUACAACAUGGUUGCUCAGUCCGCUCAGGCGGAGAAACAAAACGACAUCAGAUGCAUCUUAGGAGAAGUAGACACUCAGCUGGGCGUUCUUCCCUUCUUCCAUAUCUACGGCCUCUUUGUUGUAUUGGGCACCACAAUCCAUACCGGCGCCAAAUGUGUCAUCAUGCCCAAGUUCGACAUCGAAAAGGCAUGCAAGUUGAUCCAGGACAAUCACGUCACCUUCAUGUAUGUGCCGCCGCCCAUCGUCCUCGCCCUGGGCAAGCACCCCGUCAUUUCAAAGUACGACUUGUCGUCGCUGCGAUGGAUCACGUCAGCCGCUGCCCCGUUGAGCAGGGAGCUGGCCGUUUCGGUGUGGGACCGCCUCAAAGUCGGUGUGAAGCAGGGAUACGGACUGUCCGAGACGUCUCCCGGCGUCAUGGUACAGCUGCCGGAAGAGUGGUACAAGUAUCAGGGCUCCGUAGGAAGGCUGUAUGCGAAUAUGGAGGCCAUGAUUGUGGAUGAGGACGGUAAAGAAUUGGGCUAUAACGAGUCUGGAGAGCUUCUCCUCAAGGGACCAAAUGUCUUCUCAGGCUACUGGAAGAGACCUGAACUCAACAAAGAGAACUUUACUGAGGAUGGCUGGUACAAGACGGGUGACAUCUUCUACUGCUGUCCCAAGGGCAACUUUUACAUCACCGACCGCAAGAAGGAGCUCAUCAAGUACAAGGGCUUCCAAGUCCCCCCCGCCGAGCUCGAGGAGAAACUCAUUGGCCGCGAAGACAUUGCCGACGUCUGCGUCAUCGGCAUCUGGGACAAGGAACAGCACACCGAGAUUCCGCGUGCCUAUGUCGUGCUCAGGUCCGGCGUCGAGGAGUCUGAGGCCAAGGCCAAGGAAAUCACCGAGUGGCUCAAUGCAAAGGUCGCACCGUCCAAGAAGCUGCGCGGAGGCGUGCGCUUCAUCAAGGAGGUUCCUAAAUCUCAGGCAGGCAAGAUUCUGCGGAGAUUGUUGAGAGACCAGGUCAAGAAGGAGGAGGAGGCGGAGGCAGCGGCACCAAGGGCGAAGCUAUGACUUUGUAAGAAGUCUCAUCUAGUGCCAAUAUAAGAAAUACACAUGAACGGGUCUACCGUUUCAUCUAUCCUGGUGUUCAUAAAGCUGUCUAUUUUCCAUCACGUCAAAUCAUCCCAAUCUUUCAGCCUCCUCUAGAAGCUUUUCAACGCUGAAUCUCGGAUCGCCCUUUGUAAACCAUUCGAGCAGCUUCUUUCUUUCUUCCGCCCUCUCUUUUCUAUGUCCAUCCAGCUCGUCGCCCUUCUGCUCCCACCCGCCGUAGAAGCGCUGCAAGCACAUAACCAACCAUCUUGCGUGGUCCGGCUGGACGCCCCGCCCUUCCAUGACCUGGCCCUGCAUGAGAACCAGGCCCUUAUCCUUGAUCAGAUCGAGGUGAUGCGUCACAGUGGUAUGUGGCUGCGCAAACUCCCCUCUGGUCUUGUACUCAACCAGCUGCGUGAACAGCACCGUGCUAGUCUUGGACGCUGAAUCAAAGGUCCACUGCAGAAGGUGGAUUUCUGCGCCCUGGUCCUCAUGUGGCACCGGAAGGAUAAAGAAGGGACUGCUGCGCGCCAGAUCCUCCAUCGCUUCGUAUGUUGGCGCAGGGAUGACGGCGCAGAGCGUCUGCGGAGACGAGGCAUGGCGAAGGCGCCAGAUGGCUGUGAGUUCCUUCUCAGGCAGGUCGGCGACCUUUUCGAGGUCGAGAAUAUCGCCAAGGGGUUUGAUAGCGGGCUUUUCGCCAGAAGAGCCCUUCGGAGCGGGCUUGGGGGAGGAUGG